AUGGAUAAUAGCUCAGUUUUCUUCCAGACGGACUGUGGUUCGAUACUUUCGCAGAUUAAAGAUGAAGAUGAGCAGAUUCGGCUCAAGAGAAGGUGGCUGUUGGGUUGUGAUAUGUCUGAAUCCGAGAACCAUUCUCAGGGAAAGACUGACUUUCUCAAAUCCGAAUUCCUCCCUGAAUCUUUCCUCAGGGAAGAUGACAUAUUCUACGAGACCAUAAAGUCGCAUGUAGAAGAAGCUUUUGGAUUCGGCAAGAACGAAGAAUUAAGCAAUACUGUUCAACAGCAAAAGGAGACGAGUUUCUGCAGCAGCGACGUUGUUAGAAAGCUUGACAUGAAUCUUGAUUCUUUGACGAAUAAAGGUCUCUACCUCAUUGCAAUGUUAGUCACAGGAGGCUCUACUACAACGUUUGACAAGACUCGGUGGAAAAUGAAAGAGGCUAUCAGGGAAUCAAUCAAAAGAGACUUCAGAAAGUUAGAGGACGGUGACACUGGAAAGAUUGACAUUGUUAAGCAGCUGCAUCAAGUUCUUAGCGAUCCUGGAAACUUCCGGAAAGAUUGCAAGAUGGCAACAGCCACUUUCCAGUCCCAUCGUGAUGCUGCGAUCAAGGUACUUAACGAGCUUGAUGGUUUGUCGACUCAGACACUACUUGCAAUGAAAAGGAAACUUAAAGGUUCAAGAAUGAUGAUGCCUCGGUUGAAGACAAGUAGACAUGGUCAGAGUCGAAGCAGUCUGAUAAACCAAGUGAGGCAAGCUAGCGAGAAGAUGCUCUCAGAGCUUUCACCAGGGGAUAAACUGCAGGAGCGGUUGGCUAAAGCGAUGUCAUUAGUAGAUUUAUCACUUAAGGUAAGUCCUGGAGACAAGACUAGAGCUGCUGCCACAGAGUUUCUCCAGUUCUCACCAGAGACAAAGAAUCUACAGAAGGAGAUAUUGAAGGCUGUCUGGUUACUCCGUAAGAAGGUCAGGUUCCAUGAUCUGAAGAGACUGCAUCUUUUGUUAGACCCGGAAGCAGAAGUAUCAAACGACAGCUUGAGAUCAGCGGUCAGGAAGAUGUUGAUUGAGUAUCUGUUUGAGUGCAGUGAUAUGGACACCGUUCCAAAGUCUUUGAUGAAGGCUCUUUCAUUUGUCAACAGGAGUACACGGAAUGUAGAGCAUAAGGUAUGUCCAAAGGAAGCAAUUGAGGAAGAGACAGAGUGUAUAUUAAAUGUUAGUGCACAAGUGAAGCAGAUAUUUUGGCAAUGUGUUCCAGAUUAUGAGCUUGAUCAGGACUUUGGUGAUGCUUAUAUGGAGCAGCGAGAAGACAGUGAUGAUGAUGAUGAUGAUGAGAAUUGUGGUGUAUUUGGUAACGAGAAAUUUGAUAAUAGAGAUGGUACAUGCCGAGGCAUAAAGCUUGAAGCCAAAGACAUUGAAGACGAUGCAAUUGAUUCGUCUGAUUCAGAUCAUGAAGAAGGUGGUGCAGAAUGCUCGGUUAUGGAUGAGACUGACGAGCAUUGUUUCAGCUCUGCUGUCAAUAGCGUCGUUAUAAGAGACCUGACAGAGAGUGUUACAAGAGUUCGUCGUAGGUCUCUCUUUGCCACUCCCACGUCCCAGAGAUCAACACUUGUCAGUGAUAGACACGACAUAGGUACGAGCAAAGUCGGAGGUUUGGCUGAGAUGGAUAUUGAAAUGGAAGAAGAUAUCCAGUUUAGCUCUCAGUCAUUGUUUUCUGUUCAAAACAUAAAAACUGAUGAUCAUGGUGGUGAGAAGAAGCCAAGCAAAAGAAACAAAAACCAGUACCUCGCAGUCCAAGAAAUUUGUGAUGAGACGAGCUUGGUUGCGCAUAAACUUAUUGGCCGCUUGCUAGAGAAAUUUGCAGACCGAAAAGGGCUAGACUUAGAAGCUGAUGAACGUUCAUAUCUUGGAGGCGAAUCCAGGCUUCAAGAAGAUAUAGAAGGGAGCGAAGAAAAGCAAACUUCAUCGCAAAAGCAGUCAGAUGAGUCAAUCACUGUUUCUGUUGUUCAGGAGCUAAUGCCCUCUCUUGAAAAGAGUGUCUUGCUGAGACUAAAAGAGUUGAUGGAGAGAUAA